AUGUCGUCUGUCGUGAAGACGGAAGGCACAAAUAUUUGGCCACCGGGCAUGAUUCCGCCAUUCUGGUAUUCACAACCCGAACUCAUUGCCGAUAAGCACAACAUGCUACAUCAGACGCCGUUCGAUACUUUACCCGCGCAAGGAUUCUAUCCGGCACGAUGGCCACCGGCAUCGGCAGCCGCGGCCGCUGCCGACGGAACGUAUCCGGAACCUCCACGAUGGACAACGGAGCACGUUUACCCGAUGUUUCCGUUCCAAACCGAAAUUCAGCCAUAUCCGACCGAUCCGUUCCCGUCGACAUCAAUGGCUGGACAAACCGAGUACAAAGUUAACGCCUUCUAUCCUAACUCCAUCCUUGGAUCUGGUUACCCAUCCGAUUAUAAUCAGGCUAUACAGUGGAAAAUGCCAUCGAUGAAGCCGUUGAAGCCAACAACGAAUCCUCCUUAUCGAACAGGGCCAGGCACUAAUAAUGUACGAGUAAGAACAUCCGACAAAUAUCGAAUGGUCUAUUCGGAUUAUCAACGAUUAGAGUUGGAAAAGGAGUUCUGCACUAGUACCUUUGUAACUUCGGAACGGAAAGCUGAGUUGUCGUCGUUGUUGAAUUUGACAGAACGCCAAAUCAAGAUCUGGUUCCAAAAUCGGCGUGCCAAAGAUCGUCGUGACAAGCACAAGAAGUCCUAA